AUGUAUGAAGGCGAAAAGCUUCUCAUUGCCAAUCGAGGUGAAAUCGCUGUCCGGAUCCUUCGGACUGCAAAAGAGAUAGGACUAGCGACACUAACUAUCUACACUCCUUCCGAUGCACUUGCUCCGCAUGUUACCCUUGCAGAUGAAACCGUCGCUCUUCCUCUUGUGUCUGGCCAGUCGGAAUCCAGGGCAUACUGUGACAGCAAAGUGAUUAUCUCAAUUUGCAGGAGCUAUUCAGUUACCCUUCUACAUCCAGGCUACGGAUUUCUUUCUGAAAAUGAGGAGUUUGCGAGAACGGUUGUAGAGAACGGUAUCACCUGGCUUGGCCCGAGUUCAGAUAUAAUCAAGACCAUGGGAAACAAACAUGAAGCAAGGCAUGUUGCUGAGGCAGCUGGAAUUGCCAUUGUUCCAGGCUCGAAAGGAUUAGUCAAGGAUGAAGAAGAAGCAGUUACUGUAGCACAUCAGGUGGGAUUCCCUGUGAUUUUGAAAGCAACUGCAGGAGGAGGAGGACUGGGACUAGUUGUUUGCAAUGAUGAACCAGAACUAUUUCAAGCAUUUUCACGUACAAGUCAACAUGCAGAGGCAUUGUUCCAAAAUCCUGGCUUGUUCAUUGAACAUUAUUUUCCUUCAGCUCAUCAUAUUGAGGUGCAGAUAUUUGGAGAUGGGAGAGGUGCUGUAGUAGAUAUGGGAGAGCGGGAAUGCAGUAUUCAGAGGCGGCAUCAGAAGAUCAUAGAAGAGUCACCCAGUCCAUUUUGCCUUUCUCAUCCAGAAGUGCAAAUUGCUCUCAUAAAUGAUGCAUUGCAACUGGGUAGACUGAUUCAAUAUGGCUCUGCAGGGACUGUUGAGUUCAUUGUGGAUGAUCAAUCAACCAGGCAUUUUUUCUUGGAGAUGAACACCCGGAUUCAGGUUGAACACCCACUGACAGAAGCCUUAUAUGAUAUUGAUAUCAUCAAAAUGAUGAUUGAUUAUGGAUUGUCACAGCGCAGAAAUGAACUGUUCUUAUUGCAGGAGAACUUUUCUAACAAGACAAAUGCUCAUCAAGCACAUGCUAUCGAGGCUAGAAUUUAUUCCGAAACUCCUUUUGAUUCUUUCAAGCCAUGCUCUGGAAUCCUCCAGCUAGUCAACCUUGAAUGUGGUCAUCCUUCUUGGCUUAGGGUGGAGUCUUGGAUUUCUACAGGGACUGUAGUGACACCACAAUUUGAUCCUCUACUGUGCAAACUUGUGGUGAUAGGAUCAAGCAGAGCAGAAGCUCUCGAUAGGAUGUCUACUACCUUGGCUUUAGCUAAGAUCCAAGGUCCACCAAAUAAUCUGGAUUAUUUGGCACAAAUUAUCACAAAUAUUGACUUUCAGGAAGGGAAAACAACCACUGAAUUUCUGAAGAGAUUUAAAUAUGUACCAUGUGCAUUUACUGUCUUAUCACCGGGAUUAGAAACAACUGUCCAAGAUUUGCCUGGGCGCCUUGUUGGCCUGGGCAUACCUGUUAGCGGCCCCAUGGAUCCUACUGCAUUUAGACUUGCCAACAUUCUGGUCGGAAAUGACCAGAACACUGAAGCAAUGGAGACAGUUAUAGUUGCAGGCAUGGAUCUCAUUUUGCAUUUCCAUGCUAAAGCUGUGAUUGCAGUAACUGGGAAAGAUGUCAUAGUGGAGGUCAAUGAUGCAAUUCACGAUACAUGGACUGCAAUAGAGGUUGCACAAGAUACAAUACUCAGAUUACAGACUAGAGAGGCUGCAACCCCUGGUUUCAGAAAUUACAUUGCUUGUAGGGGGGGCUUCCCACAGAUACCAAAAUAUUUGGGAUCAAAGUCAACCUCCAUUAAGUUUGGAGGCUAUCAGGGCAGACAACUCAUGAUUGGUGAUCAUAUAGCCAUUGCUAACACAGACACUCUGAUUCUCCCUUUGCCUACACUGCCUAAGGAUAUAGUUCCACAGUAUCCAAAGAAAUGGACAAUAUAUGUCCUGAAUGGCCCACACAAUGAUCUGGAAUUUGUGGAAUCAACAGAGAAGAUAUUCAACAUUAACUGGCAAGUUAGUGGUUCCAGUAAUAGGCAAGGCAUUAGAUUAGAAGGCUCAGAGAAAAUUCCAUGGGCUAGAACAAAUGGGGGAGAUGGUGGCUCUCAUCCAAGCAACAUCCUUGAUAAUGCUUAUGCACCUGGAACAAUCAAUAUCAAUGGUGACACACCAGUCAUUUUAACAAAAGAAGGUCCAGAUAUGGGAGGAUAUGUUUGUCUGUGUACAGUUGCCUCAUGUAACAUGUGGAUACUUGGGCAACUGAGCCCUGGAGAUACAAUCAAAUUUAUACCAAUGACCUGGGACAGUGCCAAACAAUUGAGCAACAUUUUGGAAAGCUGGAUUAAUAAUGUUGAAUACUCUCUGUCCAACCACCAUGAUUGUCCUCCUAUGCCACUUGCUGGUUCAUUGAUGGAACAUGAUAUGCAUCACUUCAAUCCAAAACUUCUCACAAUAUAUCCUACUUCUCAAAAUCCCAAGGUGGUUUUCCGUCAGGCUGGAGAUUCAACAAUACUAGUAGAGUAUGGGCCAAUGCAUCUAGAUCUUACCAUGCGGGCCUGCAUCCAUGCUUUUGAGCUGGAGGUCCUGAAGCAAGGAGUUACUGGCAUUGAAAAGUUCUCGCCUUGUAUCCGGUCAACAAUGUGCUAUUUUGACCCUAAAACAAUUACCCAAAGAGAGGUUUUGACAGUUUUAGCACAGGCUGCUAGAGCUCUACCAAAUUCUGUGACAAAUUUGUAUUUUCCAGGUCGACGCUUCACAUUUCCCUUGGUUUUGAAUGACCAAUGGUGCAAUGAUGCAAUCUUGCAGUAUAUGAAGACCAUCCGUAACAAUGCUGUUUACUUGCCUAGCAAUGUUGAAUACCUUGCACAGAAUAAUGGAUUAGGAAGCUCUCAAAUUGCACUCAAAAAGAUUGUUGCUUCAGAUCAUCUUGUGCUUGGUGUGGGGUUUUAUCUAUCCUGCCCUUUCACUGUUCCCAUUGAUCCAAGAUGUAGAUUAGUCGGACAAAAAAUGAACCCAUCGAGGACUUAUACACCCAGAGGUGCAGUAGGGCUUGCAGGUCUGGUUUCAGCAAUAUAUCCUGUUGAAUCUCCCGGUGGAUAUCAAUUAUAUGGCAGAACUUUACCAGCUUGGCAGACCUGGGGCCAGGGAAGCAAUUUCUCUCCUGAUAAACCUUGGAUGUUGCAACCAUUUGACCAGAUACACUUUGAAGUUAUCAAGGAAGAAGAGUACCAAAAGUUGGAGCAACAGUUCGACGCAGGACAAUAUUCAUUCAAGAUGGAGAAUUGCAUAUUUUCCUUGAAAGAUUAUACCGACUUUAUAAACUCAAUUGAAACAGAAACUUCUGCCUUCCGGAAUAAACAAACAAAGGCAGUUCUUCAGCAAGAGCAAAAAGAACAAUUGCUCCUUGAGGAAUGGUUGAAGGAACAGAGAAAUCAUUCUAGACAUUCGGAAACUACUCAGAUCAAUUCGGACGGUCUUGUCCAUUUUACUGCUCCACUUUCUGCCAUGAUCUGGAAAAUAUUGGUUCAGUCUGGAACAACAAUUCAGCACGAGGAUGAAACCCUGGUCAUCCUAGAAGCAAUGAAAACACAGAUUCCUGUGAAAGCAGGAAGGCAGCAUGUAGGACGAAUCAUCAAAGCUUUCGGAAAAGGUGUUCAAGAAGGAGAACAAGUCAAUGCAGGAGACAACCUAUUUUUCUUGGAGUAAGCAAAUGAAAAGUCUAUGUGUUAUUACAAGAACACGGCUAGAAGCAAGCAAGGCAAAUAUUGACUGCAUACUUGAAUGCCUGAAGUUAUUCGGAACGAUCAGUGUGGUAAUAUAUCAUACAUAUUCCAUUAGUUCGUUAUUAUCAUUCAUUGGUCAUCUGAAGAUUAAGAGCGAUUUUGUUUUUCGGACCUAGAAGCCAUGCCUGCAGCACCAAGAAGGCUGUCAUAAGUUGGUGGUAUUUCUUCAGGUCCCUCAGACUCAGGCGUGGUGUCGGCAUUUUCGAUUCGUCCACCGUCUUCGUGUACGAGCACUUCACGGGGACGAGAUUGCGAAGGGCCAGUAGGUGAUUUAC